GUACCAUAAAAACAUUUCUUAAAAUGGGGAAGCUUAAGCGUAAUAGAAACAACCGUAAGGCCAGAACCAACCCUCUUGGUGAAAAAGUUGUUGGAAAAGAUGAGUCAAAGGAUGAAAAAACUCGUCAAUCCAAAAUUGUACCAUUGAUCAACAAUUUAAGUUCAAACAUUCCUAAUGAUAAAUCCAUGGCAUUGGGUGCUCUUACUGUGAUCUGUGAAGAUGAGCGUAUGAGAAAGCUUUGUUUAAAGGAAAAAUUGGUCCAAAAAUUAAUGGAACAGUGCUUAAAUGAUGAUAAUGAUGAAAUAGUUGUAGAGGCAUUUGGAUUAUUAAGAAACUUGGGGAUUGAAGAAGGUUACGAUGUUAUCACAUACUAUUGGAGACAAAAUAUCUGGGCAUCCAUCGAGGCUGGCUUGGGUAAAAUUGAAACCUCCUUCAAAUAUCUUGCUGAAUUUAAGGCACUUCCAGAAGGGAAGAAGAAGGUUGAUGAAAAGGCUAAGGCUCAACUUUUGUAUGACUUUACUGAAAAUAUCAUUUCAUUGAUUGUUGUGAUUGCUAGUGGAUCUGAUGAACUCUAUGAUAAAGUUUUUGCCAAAAUCGAUCCAGUUCUUAAACUUGUAGUCGAUUUAAUUAAUUGGAAUUCUCCAACUUUAAGAACUACUUUAAAGUUACACAACACUUUAUUAGAUUUUGUGUAUGAAUUCUCCACUGAAUCAAGUGAAUUCAUUCAAAAACUUGUACAAUUACCAGAGUUUGAUUCCGAGAAGUUGACUGUUCAAACCUCAACUAACCGUUUAGGUAAAGGGUAUGUAGAAGGGAUUAAGUAUCAAGUAUAUGAAUCAUUGGGUCUACAACUUGGUGACAAGCAAACGGUUAUUGCUGAGAUUCUUACCAACUUAAGUAACAAUAUCACUAGCAUCAAUUUAGAUGAAUUUAAGACCGUUUUUGCUACUGAUAAUGCAAUUGAACCAAUCCAAAAGCAAGAACAACCACAAUCAAACGAACCAUUACAAAACAUAGAUCAACAGAUUUCUGGUGAUUCCAAGGAAAAGACUCAAGCUAAAGAUGAUAUCCAAUUAUUGGAAACUUCUUUAGAUAUCUUCACCUCCAUUUGGGAAUUUCUCUCUAUCAACGAAGCAGAUCCUCAAACUCCAGUAUCUUUAUCUGAUGAUCUUUCCAAGAUCUUAUUCAAGCUUUGUUUCCCAUUGUUUGUUGAACUUCUUCAAUUCGACCAAGCCAACGCAAACGUUCUUCAACUUACUGAUAAAAUCCUUGUAUGUUUUAACAACUUUUGUUGGUUACUCUUAUCAUGUCAAAACAUUUCUACUGAAUGGUUUGAACUUAGUUUGAAGUUGUGGGAUCUCGUUAUUAGUGUAUCCACUGGUGCUCAAUCUCAAAACUUAUACACUCAAAAGAACUGUCUCAAUGUUUGUUGGGCUGUGAUAAAAACUGUCGGACCUGCCAUUGGUGAUAGACUCAACCAAGGUAUGUUGACAGGUCUCACUGAAAAAUGUAACGAAUUAAUUCAAUCGUCAAACGGUACUGGAGAAUUGGAACUUGAAUUUGUUCUUUCAUGUGUUGGAGUUGUGGGAAGCUCAGCUCCUUUGAUUUCGGAUGUCGAAAUGACAAGAAAUAUUUCCCAAUUUUUAAUUCAAUUGGUUGACUCAUUUUCCAGUAAAGAUUACAUCAAUGGACCCGCUAGCCUGGAAGACAAGGCCAAGGCUAAUGAGAUUGUUAUCCAAUGUUUGGAUUUGAUCUACGAAAUCUUUGGUGACGCUGAAUAUCCAUACGAUUAUCCAGUAUUCGUAGAAGGUGGCUACCUUUCCAAGCUCCAAAAAGUCGAACCACAGGUUAAGGAAAUGUACAAAAAAGUUGACAAGAAUAAGCUUGGCGAUCUUAAGGCUCGUCUUGAAGAGACUUGGAGAAACCUUAACCUUUUCAUUCAAUAUAAAAAGAGUGAAAGAAAUUAAAUAGAGAAAUAGACUACAAAAUUAUUUGCAUAAUAAAUCACAAGAAUGAAUCUUAAUAUUAAAAUAUCA